AUGUUCCUGAAGGCUGUGGUCCUGACCCUGGCCCUGGUGGCCGUCACCGGUGCCCAGGCUGAGGUCAGUGCCGACCAGGUGGCCACUGUGGUGUGGGACUACUUCAGCCAGCUGAGCAACAAUGCCAAGGAGGCUGUGGAACAUCUCCAGAAGUCUGAGCUCACCCAGCAGCUCAACGCCCUCUUCCAGGACAAACUUGAGGAAGUGAACACCUACAGGACUGACCUGCAGAAGAAGCUGGUGCCCUUCGCCACGGAGCUGCAUGAACGCCUGACCAAGGACUCCGAGAAGCUGAAGGAGGAGAUUCGGCAGGAGCUGGAGGAGCUGCGGGCCCGGCUGCUGCCCCACGCCAACGAGGUGAGCCAGAAGAUCGGGGACAACGUGCGCGAGCUGCAGCAGCGCCUGGGGCCCUACGUGGAGGAGCUGCGCGCCCAGGUCAACACCCAGGCGGAGCGACUGGGGCGCCAGCUGAGUGCCUACGCGCAGCGCAUGCAGACCGCGCUGCAGCAGAACGUGAACAACCUGCAGGCCUCGCUCACGCCCUACGCCGACGAGCUCAAGGUCAAGAUCGACCAGAACGUGGAGGAGCUCAAGAGGCACCUCACGCCCUACGCAGACGAGCUCAAGGUCAAGAUCGACCAGAACGUGGAGCAGCUGCGCCGCAACCUGGCUCCCUACGCGGAGGAUGUCCAGGAGAAGCUGAACCGCCAGCUGGAGGGCCUGGCCUUCCAGAUGAAGAAGAACGCCGAGGAGCUGAAGGCCAAGAUCUCGGCCAGCGCCGACGAGCUGCGGCAGAAGCUGGCGCCCCUGGCCGAGGACGUGCACGGCAAGCUGAGGGGAAACCCCGAGGGGCUGCAGAAAUCGCUGGCGGAGCUGGGCGGCCACCUGGACCGGCAGGUGGAGGAAUUCCGCCGCCACGUGGAGCCCUACGGGGAGACCUUCAACAAAGCUUUGGUGCAGCAGGUGGAGGAGCUCAGGCAGAAGCUGGGCCCCUAUGCGGGGGACGUGGAAAGCCACUUGAGCUUCCUGGAGAAGGAUCUGAGGGACAAGGUCAACUCCUUCUUCAGCACUUUCAAGGAGAAAGAGAGCCAGGACAAGCCCCGGGCCCUCCCCCAGCAGGAGCAGACGCUGACCCCCCUGGAGAACUGA